UACAUGUGGAGAUCGAUGUUCCGAUUUAUCAAUGCUUGGCUACAGGCGGUAUUCCGGUAUAUCACUGCUUGGCUUCAGGCGGCGGCGGCCGAUGAUUCUGAUGCUGUCGCAUUGCCUCGGGCGGCGAUGGAUUUUCCUGUCACUGUUUCGUUUGGCCCCCUCCACCGGCCGCUCCAUUCAUUCAGGGCUACCAAGAACAAUCUCCCAGAUGGGGUUAGCGAGGGCCAGGUCCGGCGCCUCGAAGAAGAUCUGGAGACAUUGUUCACUGAGCUCAAGGUCGUGUCGGAGGCGGACGACCCCAGCUUCACGGCCGGAUGCUGGAUGAAGGAGGUGCGGGAACUCCGCUACGACGCAGAGGACUUCUUCAACGAGGUCCCGCGCUCCUCCGCCGCCGGCAGGAGCGCUCUCCUCUCCAUCAUCCUCUGGAUCCCCAGUAAACUGAAGCGGCGGCGCCAGGCUGCAGAAGCUUUCUCAGAUCUGCGGGCUCGUGCCAGGGAUGCGAGUCAAAGACGCCAAAGCCUCCACAUUGGCCCAACAACCAUCAAGCCUGAAUUUGGGCAAGCCAAUGUCCGCUCCAGUCCCCAACUACUUCUUGACCUUGAGGAGUCCAUGGAGAAGCUUGUAAAACUGAUGGCUUUGGAUGACCAAGAGAUUGCAGAUCUGCUGGCCUUUGACAGUGAAGAUGCAGAGCAACAAGUUCAGGUGGUACCUAUCUUUGGGUCUGCAGGUGUUGGCAAAACGACACUUGCUCGAACCUUCUACCGUAACUUUGGGGGGAAAUUCCAGUGCCGGGCUUUCGUGCGGGUGUCGCGGAAUCCAGAUAUGAGGAGGAUGCUUUCCAGCAUGCUCUCACAAAUUAAGGCACCACCGGUCCGUGGCUUUCCUGAUGUGCAGGACCUUAUUGACCAUAUCAGAGAAUAUCUGCAAUCCAAAAGAUACUUGAUUGUAAUUGAUGACUUAUGGGCCUCUUCAACAUGGGAUAUUAUUAGCCGUGCUUUUCCUGAUGGUGAUUGUUGCAGCAGAAUAAUGGUAACCACAGAAAUCAAGGAUGUAGCAUUGGCAUGCAGUAGGUAUCAGUUUAAGUACAUGUAUGAGAUGAAUCCUCUUAAUGGUGAUCAAUCAAGCAAGUUAUUACUCGGCCGAGUUUUUGGGUCUGAAAGUGGCUGUCCUCCAGAUUUCAAAGAAGUUACAUACGAGAUUAUCCAGAAAUGUGGAGGUUUACCAUUAGCAAUUGAAAAUAUAGCCAGCAUGUUAGCAUGUGAACUAGACGUCGAUCAAUGGAAGCACGUGCGAGAUUCUUUACCCUCUGUUUUGGGUCUGAGGACAAACCCUAGUUCGGAAGGGUUGAAAGAAGUUCUGAACAUUAUUUACAAUAAUCUUUCACCAUACAUGAAGACAUGCCUGCUAUAUCUUAAUAUGUAUCCAGAGGGCAACACUAUCAGCAAGGAAGACUUAGUGAAGCAAUGGGUAGCUGAAGAUUUAAUCGGUGAAGGGCAAAACAGAGAGAAAACUGCACGGGAUUAUUUUGAUGAGCUUGUCAGUAGAGGAAUGAUCCAACCUCUAGACAGAAAUUAUAAUGAUGAGGUGUUGACAUGCACAGUACACCACAUGGUACUAGAUCUUAUUAGGUACAAAUCCCUGGAGGAGAAUUUCAUCAUUAAUGUGAGCUGUUUUCAAACAACUCCAGGUCUUCCUGACAAGGUUCGUCGAUUGUCUAUCCAGUUCGGUGCUGCAAAAUGUGCAAAUAUACCAGCAGACUUUAUGAUGACUCAAGUUAGAUCACUUAUGUUUUUUGGGUUCUUUAAUUGUGUGCCUUCUGUUGGCGAGUAUAAGCUCCUUCAAGUUCUGAUUCUUAAUAUCUGGGCUGAUGAAAGAAAAAUAUUUGACCUCACUAGAAUUGGUGAACUGUUUGUGCUGAGAUAUCUGAAAAUUGAUGGCAACAUCACCGUCCAUCUGCCAGAUGAGAUUCGACAGCUAAAAUUAUUGGAGACACUGGAACUGCAUGCACCAGUAAAUGAUAUGCCAUCAGAUAUUAGUUGCUUGCCAUUACUUCGCACUCUGGGCUAUUUUGACCUCAGCAAGAGCUCAAUAGAGAAUGUACAGAGCCUUGGUGAGCUGAACAAUCUGGAAGACCUUCAUCUCACCUGGUCUAACAUUGCACAGCCAGAUAAUCUGAAGAACAAUAUGCAAUGCUUGGGCACAAUUCUCUGGAAACUCAGCAACCUGAAGUCUUUAACUCUAGUACCAGCAGCCUCCUCUCAUGCAGAUGUUCUGGACGAUGCCGGUGGUGCAAGCGUGGGUAUUUCUGGCGAUGUCUUGAGCAGUUUGUCCUCUCCUCCGGCCCUUCUUCAGAGGCUUGAGCUGUCAGGGGGGUGUUGCAUCUUUUCCAGCCUACCCGAGUGGACCAAAGAGCUUGGCAAUCUCUGCAUUUUGAAGAUUGCAGUUAGGAAGCUGUUGAGGAAAGAUAUUGAUAUCCUCAAAAGAUUGCCAGCACUCAUGGCUCUCUCGCUGUACAUCUGGACAGCCCCUGUAGGAAAGGUCGUCUUUGAUGAUGAGGGAUUCUCGGUUCUCAAAUACUUCAAGUUCACAUGUGCUGCCCCAUGCGUGGCAUUUCUGAAAGGUGCAAUGCCUAGUGUCCGGGAGCUCAAGCUAGCAUUUGAUGCCGACAGAAUGGAGCAAUACCCCCAGAUAGUUCCUGGAUUAGAGUACCUGACAGAACUUAGAGAGAUCACUGCAAAAGUUGGGGGCACUGGUGCUGAUGAAUCUGAUAAAAGGUACGCUGAGUCAGCACUGAGUGGCGCCAUUGCCAAUCAUCGGAGCACUCCAAUAAUCAGAGUACAAUGUGUAGAUCGGAUUUUUUUUGGUGCCAUCACACAAGAACAAGAAUACUGGACUCUGGAAGAACAACAUGAGAUACAAGAGGAAUUGCUUGAUCCUCUUCCUGAAUUUUUUAUUUCCACUCCGAGCACACAAGAGCAUGUUGAAGGAAGAGAUAAAUCGGUUGAGGUGCUGACACAAGAACAGGAACACUGCACUCUUGAUCUUGUUACUGAACUUCUUUUGACACCAACACAAACAAGGGAUGGAGUGCAGGGUGAACAAAUGGGAGGAUCGAAGGUGGUUGUGACACAAGAACAGGAACACUGGAUUACGGAGAAACAACACGAGACACGAGCAGAAUUUCUUGAUCCUCUUCCCGAUCUCCUUAUUUCCACUCAAAGCACAGACAAAGAAACGGGAGAUGGAGCUCAGGGUGAAAUAAUAAAAAGAUCAAUGGAGGUCCUGACACAUGGACAUGAACACUUAACUCUAGAAAAACAACAUGAGAUUCAUGAGGAAUUGUUUGAUCUUCUCCCUGAAGUUCUUUCCACUCCAAGCACACAGAUACAAGUGACAGAGGAAGUUCAGGAUGGAGAAAUAGAAAGAUUGAUGGAGGUGCUGACACAAGAGCAAGAACAGUGCACCCUUGAAAGCCAACACGAGAUGACAGAGGGAAUGCAGGAUGUACAAAUAGGGACAUCGAUUGAGGCGGCGGCACAAGAAGACAACAAUACUCGGCAAAGACAGCAUGAGAUUGAAAAGGAAUUGCUUGAUCCUCUUCCUGAACUUCUUUCUAUUUCAAGCACUCCAAGCCCAGAAAUACAAAUAAUAGAUGAAGUGCAGAAUAGAGUAACACAGAGAUCGAUGGAGGUAGUGAGCGCUUCCCAGGGCACGUUGGGACCCCUACUGGAGAAGAUCAAUGGUUUGCUCGCCAAUGAGCAUGCUAGCUUGAAUGGGGGCCUGCGCCGUGAAGUCCGCUACCUCAAAUCUGAUCUGGCGGACAUGCAUACCAUGAUGAAAAAGUACACGAUGCUGGAAGAUCCAGAUGUCCUGGUGAAGGAAUGGAUAUCGUUGCUGAGGGAGUUGUCUUAUGAUGCAGAGGAUUGCCUUGACAAGUUUGUUCAGAAGCUCGACAGUGGCGGUAGUCACGGUGGAUUCAAGGGGAUAGUCCGCAGGGCUUCUCUCCUUCCGAAGAAAAUUAAAUCUCGGCGCGGAUUCGCAGAAAAAAUUGGCGAGCUGAAAGUUUGUGUCAAGAACUUGAGAGAGCUCAAGAGUAAACUGGACGAUACUGCUUGCGUCACAUCUUAUCAUUCAACCGUGGAUCCCCGGCUGUCUGCUCGUUUUGCUGACGGCGGGCACCUUGUGGGCAUUGACGGUCCAAGAGAUGAUCUUACCAAGUGGAUGGUUGAAGUAGGAAACAGCUCAGCAAAGAAUCAUCGUAGGGUGUUAUCUAUUGUUGGGUUUGGUGGAUUGGGAAAGACAACACUAGCGAAUCAGGUCUAUCGCAAGACUGAAGGGCAUUUUCAUUGUCAGGCCUUUGUAUCAGUCUCGCAAAAGCCGAAUAUAAAGAAAAUUAUCAUGGACUUGAUCUCCCAAGUGUCUUCCCAUGGAUUCACGGAAGAUAUUGACAAUUGGGACGAAAGGAGAUCCAUUGAAGAGCUAAGAGGACUGCUACAAGGCAAGAGGUAUCUCGUCGUCAUUGAUGAUAUAUGGUCUAUAGAGGCAUGGAAUAUUAUCAAGUCUGCUCUUCCAGAGAAUAACUGUUCUAGCAGAAUUAUAACUACUACACGCAUUAUUGACGUUGCAAGGUCAUGUUGUGUGGAUCGAGAUGACCGCAUGUAUGAAAUGCAAUUCUUGAGUGAUUAUCAUUCUAAAAAAAUGUUCUUCAAAAGAAUUUUUGGGUUUGAGGAUGUUCCCGAUAUGCUGGAAGAAGUUUCAAAAGAAAUUUUAAAAAAAUGUGGAGGCCUACCAUUGGCAAUUAUCAGUAUGUCUAGUUUAUUGGCAAAUAGACCAGCUAAGAAAGAGGAGUGGGAAAAAGUCAUAACGUCAACUGGUUCUGCAAGUCUAGAGGGAAUGAAGGGCAUACUAUGGCUUAGCUACAAGGAUCUUCCAGAUAAUCUCAAGACUUGUUUGUUGUAUUUAAGUAAUUUUCCUGAGGGCUCUGUGAUUGAGAGAGAUAGGUUAGUGAGACGGUGGAUAUCAGAAGGCUUUAUCUCUGAAAAUCGUGGGCAAAGUCAGCAAGAGGCCGCGGAGAACUGUUUCUAUGAGCUUAUCAACAGAAACUUGAUUCAAGCAGUGGACAUUUGCUAUGAUGGUAAGGUUCGUGCAUGCCGAGUCCAUGCCAUGAUGCUUGAACUCAUCAUUUCAAAGUCAGCUGAAGAUAAUUUCGUCACGGUGAUUGGUAGCGGGCAGACUGGUUUGGUAAAUCACCAUGGUUCUAUUCGACGACUAUCUGUCCAGCACAUUGACCAGAAUCUUGCAUCUGUAUUGGCAAAUGAAGAUCUAAGCCAUGUACGCUCUCUAACAGUUACAUCAUCAAGUUGCAUCAAACACUUGCCUAGUUUUGCUUCCUUUCAAAAUUUGCGUGUACUGGAUUUUGAAGGGUGUGAUGGAUUGGAAAAGAAAUAUAUGAUGUGUCUUCUGUUUGAGGAAGGGGCACUGCCGAUGCUCGAGGAUCUUGGCCUAGUCUACUCUGUGUCAAUGGCGAAUGCCAAUGGAUUCUGCCUGGGUUUUCAGCACCUCCCAAGACUGAGAAAUGCACGAGUCCGUCUCUACAAAGAGGGCGCAACAUCUUCUGCUAUCACUUCUGCAGAAGUUGCUAUAAAGAAUGAAGCAGAUGCCCAUCCCAACCAUCCCACAGUAACUCUGAUAGAACAUGUCAAGAGAGUGGAUUAUUGCUCUGAGGAAUGUCCUAAGAGAACCGUACAGAGCUACUCUGAAGACCCAGAACUAGUUGACAAUACAACUAAGCAAAAGGAAACUUAAAUUUGUGGACUGGUGACAAGUGAGAGAUGGCGUGCUGCUGCUCGUGUGGCUGGAACGACGUGGUACUGUCAUAGAAGCUCGAACGAAGGGGCCGGCCUCGAAGGAGUAUUUGCUACGUAAUAUUCAAGUUGUAAUGGAACUACAUAUCGUUUUGCUUUCACUGGUUACUCUUUUCAAGAAUCCAGCUCACUUCUUGGGGUGGAGCUUUGGUCUUCUUAUUGGAGUACUUCGUUUCUGUUGUAAGCGGCCUUAGUGACUUUGUUCAUCCGCUAAUUUACGCUGAAACUGAUGGGCUGAUUGUUAUUUUAGUCAGUACGGUAAUAUUUGUUUGCUGA